AUGGAAAGCAACAAAGCUGUGGUUCCGGUUACUCUCAAGGGGGGGAGUGAAGCCCCAAAGCUCAUUACUUAUGAAGGCGACAAGGAGGUUGUCGAGUGCGAUGAGGAGAAGUGGGAGCAGGAUGAUCAGCUGGUGAUGUCCAUACUCCAACGGUCUCUUGAAGUGUCUAUCCUGGAGGCAUACAGCUACUGUGAGACAGCAAAGGAUCUUUGGGACACGCUAAAGAAGCCUCAUCAAACACAUUCUGAGGUCCGAAAGUUACCUGAUCUUGAGGACGUGUGUGCGCAAGUUCAGAAGGAGGAAGGGUCUAUUGGUCUCUUUGGAGGGAAAGGGGAGAUCACUCUUGCAAACCAAGCUGAGGUUCCACAAGCAAACCGUGCAAGCUCUAACCAGUAUGAUGCAAAGAAGUUCACGGGAAAUUGUGAUCAUUGCAAGAGACAAGGUCACAAGAAGAACCAGUGCUGGAUCUUGCACCCUCAUCUGAAGCCGGCCAAGUUCUCAAGAGAGAAAGAUGGGAGAGCCAAUGUCUCGUAUGCUGGAAGUGAGCCGGGGAGUUCAAGUGUUGCUGGGAGCUCAGGCCAAGCUGGAGAGGGCGGGACACGUGAGCCUGGAGAUAGCAAGGCCCUGGUGACUUACACAGCUCAACCAAGCCUUCAGAACAACCGUGAGAACGAUAUUGCUAGAGAACCUGAUCACUCACGCAUUGCUUAUAAACCUACUAGCAUACUAGGACAGUCUCAUAUUGCACACAAUCUGUUUAAACCAUUGGUAGUUGAUUCAGGAGCAUCUCAUCACAUGAUUAGUGAUACUAGUUUGAUUAGAGACAUUGAACCUACAAAUGGACAUGUCAUGAUUGCAAAUGGAGAUAAAAUCCCAAUUAGAGGAAUUGGCAAGCUAAAACUGAAGCAAUGGGGUCUGAGGAGGAUGAUGAAACCUUUGUGCGAAGGAAUAGUUGCUGGAGAGAAGUAUGAUCAGAGACCGAAUGAUGGGCAAGGACAAGCAUCUGGUUCAAGACGUGAGCAAAGAAGAAACAGGCAAGGUCAGCGUGAGCAUGCUGGAUCAGAAGAGACUGAUAACUUCUAUGAGAGAAGUAGCCAUAGCUCCGGUUCAAGACGUAGCAGUAGAAGAUCUCGACAUGAUCAUGAGGGUCGAAGGCAUAGACGCAAUGAGCUAUCUGGACUAAAGCUUAAGAUCCCUCCUUUCCAUGGUAAAGCUGAUCCAGAUGCCUAUCUUGAGUGGGAAAAGAAGAUAGAACUCGUUUUCAACUGUCAGCAUUACUCAGAGAUUAAGAAGAUUCAAGUAGCUGCUACCGAGUUCAAUGACUAUGCUUUGAGCUGGUGGGAUCAGUUGGUUACAAACAAGAGGCGCAAUGGUGAAUUUCCCAUUGAAACAUGGGCAGAGAUGAAAGCUGUGAUGCGCAAGAGGUUUGUACCAAGUCAUUAUCACCGUGAUCUUCAUCAAAAGCUGAGACUGCUCACACAAGGAACAAAGUCUGUAGAGGAAUACUUUCAAGAGAUGGAGUUGCUUAUGCUAAGAGCUUGUGUAUCUGAGGACAGUGAAGCUACUAUGGCACGAUUUCUUGGUGGACUCAACCGUGAGAUACAAGAUAGAGUGGAGAUGCAACACUACUUGGAGAUAGAGGAGAUGCUACACAAAGCUAUCUUGGUGGAGCAGCAAGUUAAGAGAAGAAGUUAUGCGCGUGGCAGCUAUGGUUCCAGUAGAUACCAGACCUCUAAGGAAGAUAAACCAAGCUAUCAGAAGGAGAGCAAACCACAGCUAAAAGAAGAAUCCAAGUCUAGUAGCAUCUACAACAAAGAUAAGGGUAAAGUGGAAGCUACCAGCUCGCGUGCAAGAGAUGUGAAGUGUUUUAAGUGCCAAGGGCGUGGGCACUAUGCUAAUGAGUGUACUAACAAGAGAGUUAUGAUUCUUCUGGAGAAUGGAGAGUUUGAAUCUGAAGAUGAAAAACUCAGGACUGAUCAAGAACUAUCUGAAGCUGAGUAUGAGGAGGAACCCGUUCAAGGUAAACUUUUGGUUGCAAGAAGAACUCUCAGUUUGCAAAACAAAACUGAGGAGCAAGAACAAAGAGAGAACUUGUUCUACACACGUUGUAUGGUGCAAGGGAAGGUCUGCAGCCUGAUCAUCGACGGUGGAAGCUGUGUUAAUGUUGCUAGUGAAACAAUGGUAAAGAAGCUUGGUUUGAAAGCUCAAAAGCAUCCUAAACCUUACCGGCUGCAGUGGCUUAAUGAAGAGGGCGAGAUGAGGGUAUCCACUCAGGUUUCUAUACCCUUGUCCAUUGGAAGGUAUGAAGAUGACAUUCUCUGUGAUGUGAUACCCAUGGAAGCCAGCCACAUACUACUGGGAAGGCCUUGGCAGUUUGAUAGGCGUGAAUACCAGGAUGUAUUUCCAGAAGAUAAUCCCAUAGGUUUGCCACCUAUUCGAGGGAUUGAGCAUCAGAUUGAUUUUGUACCAGGAGCUACUCUUCCCAACAGACCAGCAUAUAGAACUAAUCCUGUGGAAACUAAGGAGCUACAAAGACAGGUUGAGGAACUGAUGGAGAAAGGCCACAUCCGUGAGAGUAUGAGCCCCUGUGCUGUGCCUGUGCUCCUUGUGCCUAAGAAAGAUGGGAGCUGGCGCUUUGUUGUGAGUGCAGAUGGAGUAAAGGUAGAUCAGGAGAAGGUGAGAGCAAUUCAAGAAUGGCCAAUUCCAAAGACUAUAAGUGAAGUGAGGAGCUUCCACGGCCUUGCUGGGUUCUACAGGCGGUUUGUUAAAGACUUUAGCACUAUAGCAGCUCCCUUGACUGAAGUGAUAAAGAAAGAAGUAGGAUUCAAGUGGGGAGAAGCACAAGAGACUGCCUUCCAAUGCCUUAAAGAGAAGCUUACUCACGCCCCUCUUCUUAUUCUUCCUGACUUUAAUAAAACUUUUGAGAUAGAAUGUGAUGCCUCAGGAAUUGGUAUUGGUGCAGUUUUGAUGCAGGAAAAGAGACCCAUAGCUUAUUUCAGUGAGAAGCUUGGAGGCGCCACUCUCAACUAUGCAACUUAUGAUAAGGAGUUGUAUGCCUUGGUGAGAGCUUUGCAGACUUGGCAGCAUUACUUGUGGCCCAAGGAGUUUGUGAUACACACUGAUCAUGAGUCUCUCAAGUACUUGAAAGGACAGAACAAGCUCAGCAAGAGACACGCAAGAUGGGUAGAAUUCAUAGAAACUUUUCCUUAUGUCAUCAAGUACAAACAAGGUAAAGAAAACAUAGUUGCUGAUGCACUAUCCCGAAGACAUGAUGGAUUCCUCUUUUAUGAUAAUAGACUGUGUGUGCCUAAUUGCUCUUUGAGAGAUUUGUUUGUUAGGGAAUCACAUGGGGGAAGUCUCAUGGGUCACUUUGGUAUUGCAAAGACUCUUAAAACCUUGCAGGAUCAUUUCUUUUGGCCUCGGAUGAAAAGUGAUGUGGAGAAACUAUGUGAGAGAUGUGCAACUUGCAAGCAAGCUAAGUCUAAAGUUCAGUCUCACGGUUUGUAUACUCCUCUCCCUAUUCCUUAUCAUCCUUGGAAUGACAUAUCUAUGGAUUUCAUUGUUGGAUUGCCUAGAACUAGAACUGGGAAGGAUUCCAUCUUUGUUGUUGUUGACAGGUUCUCAAAAAUGGCACAUUUUAUAGCAUGUCACAAAACUGAUGAUGCAUUACAUGUAGCUAAUCUAUUCUUUAAGGAGAUUGUGCGUUUACAUGGCAUGCCUAGGACCAUAGUUUCUGAUAGAGAUACUAAGUUUCUUAGUUAUUUUUGGAAAACUCUUUGGUCUAAGCUAGGCACUAAGUUGUUGUUUUCCACUACUUGUCAUCCGCAAACUGAUGGACAGACUGAAGUAGUUAAUAGAACUUUAGGAACACUCUUGCGUGCAUUCAUUAAAAAGAAUCUGAAAUCUUGGGAAGACUAUCUGCCACAUUGUGAGUUUGCAUAUAAUCAUGCUGUGCAUUCUGCUUCUAAGUUUUCACCUUUUGAAAUUGUUUAUGGGUUCAAUCCCACCUCUCCUUUGGAUUUAAUCCCUUUACCUGAGUUUUGGGUUCAUUUGAGAAAAGAAAGGUUUCCUAAUGAGAGGAAGUCAAAGCUUAUGCCAAGAAUUGAUGGACCUUUUGAGAUCACAAAGAAGAUCAGCAACAAUGCCUACAAGAUUGAUCUCCAAGAUGAACCUGAUUUGAGGUCAAAUCCUUUUCAAGAAGGAGGGGAUGAUAUGAUCAUGGACCAGCCAGCUGAUGGAGAUAGAGAUGGCGAGUUUAGAGAUGAACCAGCUCAAGAAGAUGAGGUCUUAACCUUUCCUAAAGGUCCCAUGACUCGAGCCAGAGCUAGGAAACUCAAAGAAGCUAUUGGAGGACUAAUCAGGAAGUCCUUGGAA